CCGUCGCUUCGCGCAUCUAUACACGAGUGUGCCACGGUGCAUCUAGAUAAAUACAAAAAUAAUAAUAAUAAAACAACGGAGCCGUCGACGACGACGACGAUUUUGCUGCCCUCGACGUGUUGCGAACUACGCUGUGCCGUUGCUGCGUUGUGUCGUAUUAUCGUCGUUGCUGUAGUUUCCCUCAUUUUUAAUAGAAAGAGAGAGAGAAGAGAGAAAUAAGAGCGUCAACCCCGAGUCGUGCGUGUGCAUCGGGUGACUCAUUCUCUCGUAUUAUAUAUUCGCAAACCGUCGUGUACGUGUAUAGAUAAGUGCGUUUAAUGUACAUGCGCUGCUGCCCCGCGCGUAGUGCAAUGUAUUUUUCGGGGGGUAAGCAGAAAUUUAAUAAAAGACAUGUUUCGAAGGCUGCACUGCCUGACAUAAUGUGAAACGAGAGGGAGAGAAGGAGAGAGUAGGAGAGAGCCAAGUCGCCAAGUGCCAAGUGUCAAGAAUAUAUAAUACACAUAUAUAAUAUUAUUAUGCAGUGUAUGGUGCGUUAGAACAAGUGUGUGUGUAUCGUUCGAUUUUCCCUGCCCGUCUGUGUUCUUAUUUUUUACUUACACGGUAAAGGACACGACAUAACCUACAAUUGUGUGUGUGCAUUUGUGUCGAUUGUGCGUGUGCGUAAAGUGCAGAAUUAUCAAUCGUGCGUGUUUCGAAAUUCGAAAAAAAAAAAAUUGAAUAUAAAAAAGUGCUGAUUCGUCUGUGUGUGUCGACGAGUGUGUGUAUAAAGGUGUGCGUCCGUGCGUGCGCGCUCAAACGCUCGCGUUGGCAGAGUUUCGUGACGAAACAACGACAACAACAACAACAACAAAACGAAAAGAGUCAGCCAGCCACCGGCUCCGUUUUUUUCUGUAGAAACAUCAACGCAGUGGAGCUCUUCGUAUUCUCGAGAAAUAUAUAAUAUAUAUAUAUGUACGCCCACGCGAGGAACAUCGGCAGCAGCACCAGAGACGACGACGUUAUAGCCGCUGGAGUGGUAUUAGCGAGUCAACGACGACGACUACGACGACAAACAUCGGCGAGGCGGAGGGAGGAUCGCCUCUUCUGUCUCGGCUACUAUGGCGAAUCGCAGUAGCCAAAUCAUCAUCGUCAGUAACAGCAGCAGCAGUAGAGAAGCAGCCGAAGAGGAGGAGGAGGUGGUGGUGGUGGUUGUCGAACAGCAACGGCCCUGCUCGGAAGCUUCGAUUGGCCCAGCGCCACCCGAGUGAAUAUAUUCGCAGAAAUAUACGGUAUAUAUAUACGCUCGAGAGACAUACAGACGAAAUACUGCAGCAGAAGAGAGAAAUUUCUAACUGCGUCUUUUAUUCAUAAGGUUUAAUCAACGAGCAUCGACAUGGCAGCGCCCGUGAUCGAGAAGAAACGCUUCUACUGCCGCGAGUGGGCCUUCCUCAAGCUCGCCCACCUGCUGGAGCAGCGUCCGGCCUCCAAAGCCUGCGGCGCCCUCGUCGUCGGCGGCCCGGGCAGCGGCAAGACAGCCCUCUGUGCCGAGCUCGCCUGGCCUUCCAGCGGACCCGGGGCGCGUCAUCAGCGCGCCCUCAAUCGACGCGUGUUGGCCCGUCACUUUUGUCAGGCGCGGAGCGAGGUCAGUCUCGCGCCGGCCCAGUUCGUGCGCAGUCUCGUGGCUCAGCUGCUGCGAGCCACCCCGGACACGCGAAGCCGUACCAGAUCGUCGCCGACGCAGACGACGCAGACGAGUCCGAAAAAUGACAAAGCAGCGGCGGAAAACGGAGGGACGACGACGCAGCAGACGCAUCAUUCUUCGCGGGUGUCGUCGCGCGAAGCCGUGGCCGAGGCCUACGCGGAGAAGCUGCGCAACGAGCCGGAGAUCCAGGCGGCCCUGCAGCCCGAGGUGCUGGAUCGGAAUCCCGACGAGGCGCUGCGCAAGGCCGUGCUGCUGCCCCUGCUGGAGAUAGCGCCGCCCAAGGACUGCCUGAUGCUGGUGGUCGACUCGAUCGACGAGGCGCCGCUGCCGGGAGCGACCCCGCUAUUCUCAGCCGCCAGCGUCUUGGCUCUGUCCGCCCUCAACAACAACAACAACAAUAACAACAGCAUCAACGGCUCGAAACGCGAAUCCGAGACCGAAGAGGACCGAGAUCAGCAGUCGCAACAGCAGCAGCAGCAACAAGCACCUCUCGAGGAGGCGUCCAAGACCAUAGCCGAGCUGCUGGCCAGUCAUCACCAUCUGUUCCCGCAGUGGCUGCUGCUCGUCUGCAGCGCCCGGCGCCAGAGCAAGCAGGUCUCGCGGCUCUUCACGGGCUUCAAGAAGAUCGCCCUGGACGAUCUGCGCAAGCCCCAGGUGAUACGCGACGUGCAGCAGUACAUCCUGGCGAGGCUCGACCAGGAGGACGCCUUGAGGCAGCACAUAUCGCGCGACACCGCCGAGAUGCUCAAUCAUCUGCACAUCAAGAGCAACGGCUGCUUCCUGUACCUGGAGAAGGUGCUGGACGGCGUGGCGGAGAGCUUCAUCGUGCUGCGCGAGGUGCGCGAGAUACCGGGCACGCUCAACGGCCUGUAUCUCUGGCUGUGCCAGCGGCUCUUCAGUCGCAAGCAGUUCCUGCGCGUCCAGCCGCUGCUCAACGUCGUGCUCGCGGCCAAGCUGCCCGUGACGCAUCGGGUGCUGUACGAGGCGGUGCGCUGCUGCCCCGGUCAGCCGACGACGACCCUCGGACCCGACGAGUUCAAGCAGCUGCUGCACCUGUUGCGCCGCGUGAUCUCGGUGUCGCGCGACGGCGCCCUCAUGUUCUUCCAUCACAGCUUCGCCGAGUGGCUGGUGGACGUCAAGCACUGCACCCAGAAGUACCUGUGCUCGGCGAGCGAGGGUCACGCCCGGCUGGCGGUGCACUACGCACAGCGCGGCCCCGGCCUCGACCCGGCCGAGUGCUGCGCCCUGGCCCAGCACGCGCAGGCGGGCUUCGCGCGUCAGCCCCGCGACCGUCAGCAGCAGCACCAGCAGCACCAGCUGAGGAUCAAGUCCCUGGUGACGGCGAGCUCGGUGACGACGAGCAGCUGCGCCACCACGACGGCGGCGGCGGCGGCGACCGAUGAGCCGGCGGCAGCGAUCGCGACGACGACGACGAGUUUGAAGCCAACGACGGCGACGACGUUGGACAAUUAUACGCUUCAGCUGCUGUGGCUGAUCGACAGCGGCGCGCCGUUCGAGACCUGCUACCUGGACAGCAGCGACUGCGUGGCCUGGCCCAAGCACGACGCCAAGCUCAUGAAGCUGCUGGUGGACGCGGGCGCCAAGCCCGCGGAAAAGUCCCCGGACGAGCUCGACCAUCCCGAGCAGGACGACGACGACGAGUACGAUCACUUGGCACCUUCUAGUCACAUCUCCCGAAACUCGAGCCCGACGGACGAGUCGCCGUUGGGCCCGCUGGCCGAGUUCUUGGGCGAGAACGGCGACAUCAACGCCACGGACUCGUGCGGCCGCACGAUCUUGCACAAUCUGGCCUCGGACGGGAACGCGACGCUUCUGGCUUUGGCUAUCGCAGCCUGCCCACAGGCCAAGCUCGAGGCGACAGAUCGCCACGGCCAGACGGCCCUGAACCUCGCCGCUCGCCACGGCUACGCGGACGUGGUGAAGGUGCUGCUCGGGGCCGGCGCCAACGUCGAUCACGCCGACUGCGACGGCUGGACGGCGCUGCGGGCGGCCGCCUGGGGCGGUCACACGCGCGUCGUCGAGCUGCUGCUGGGCCACGGCGCCAUGGUCGACUGCGCCGACUGGGACCAGAGGACGGCGCUGCGCGCCGCCGCCUGGGGCGGCCACGAGGAGAUCGUGCGCGCCCUGCUGCAGGGCGGCGCCGACGUCAAUCGCACGGACGACGAGGGCCGCACCGCCCUGAUCGCCGCGGCCUACAUGGGCCACAGCGAGAUCGUCGAGCACCUGCUGGACUUCGGCGCCGAGAUCGAUCACGCAGACAGCGACGGGCGCACGGCACUGAGCGUGGCGGCCCUCUGCGUGCCCUCGAAUCACGGAUACACCAAGGUGGUUAGUCUGCUGCUCGAGCGCGGCGCCGACGUGAAUCAUCAGGACAAGGAUGGCAUGACGCCGCUACUGGUCGCCGCGUUCGAGGGCCAUCGCGACGUCUGCGAGCUCCUCCUCGAGUUCGGCGCCGACGUCGAUCACUGCGACGGCACCGGGCGCACCCCGCUCUGGGCCGCCGCCAGCAUGGGCCACGGCGCCGUCGUGGCGCUGCUUCUGUUCUGGGGCUGCUACGUCGACAGCAUCGACAACGAGGGCCGCACCGUGCUGAGCGUCGCCGCCGCCCAGGGUGGCUGCGACGUCGUCGAGCAGCUGCUCGACCGGGGCCUGGACGAGCAGCACCGCGACAACUCGGGCUGGACGCCGCUACAUUACGCCGCGUUCGAGGGCCACCAGGACGUGUGCGAGGCCCUGGUGGAGAGCGGCGCCAAGCUCGACGAGGCGGACAACGACGGCAAGGGCGCCCUCAUGCUCGCCUCGCAGGAGGGCCACACGCAGCUCGUCGAGCUGCUGAUCAAGGAGUACGAGGCGCCGAUCGAUCAGCGCGCGCACGACGGCAAGACGGCACUGAGGCUCGCCGCCCUCGAGGGCCACUACGACACGGUGAAGGUGCUGCUGCAGCACCGGGCCGACAUCGACGCCAAGGACGCAGACGGGCGCAGCAUACUGUACAUCCUGGCGCUGGAGAAUCGACUGGCGAUGGCGAGAUUUCUGCUGGAGCACGCGAGGCCCGACGUGGAGAGCCGAGAUUCCGAGGGAAGAACGGCGCUGCACGUGAGCUCGUGGCAGGGCCACGUGGAGAUGGUCUCGCUGCUGCUGCAGGAGGGCGCGGCCUGCGUCGACGCCCGCGACACGGAGAAUCGCACGCCGCUGCACUCGGCCGCCUGGCAGGGCCACGCCGCCGUGGUGAGGCUGCUACUGGAGCACGGCGCUACGGUCGAUCACACCUGCAAUCAGGGCGCCACGGCGCUGGGCAUCGCCGCGCAGGAGGGCCACGAGAGCUGCGUGCAGGCGCUGCUGCGACACGGCGCCGACCCCAGCCACUCGGAUCACUGCGGCCGCAACGCCAUCAAGGUCGCGGCGAAGAGCGGCCACGACACCGUGGUGAGGCUGCUGGAGGAGCAUGCGGCGCUGGCCAAUCAUCAGCGCAGAUCCUCGAGACCGGGUGGUAGCAGUAGCGCAACGUCGGUCACGUCCAACUCGACGACCGAGACGAAGCCCUCCUCGGCCGUGCUGAAUCCUCUGUCAUCGCAGCAACAUCAGCAUCAGCAGCAGCAGUACAGCCCGGCCGAGUCGCCCGAGUCCACGAAGCGACGCAGCUGCGUCUCGCUCGGCAACAACUCCAGCAACAGCAAGUCCAGCAGCAAUCUCACCGGCAGCACCAAGAGCGAUCGCAGCAAAAUCAAUCAGCAGCAGCAGCAGCAGCAUCAUCAACAACAACAGAUGAUCGGUGGUGCAGCAAGUGCCUCCGCCGCCGCUCAAGCGACGGCUCAUCAAGGAUCGAGUCGCCAGACAUCAGCGGCCAGCAGCAGCGGCAUGUCGUUCACGCAGCAGCUGCAGCAGUGCUCGCGGGGCGUGAAAUCGUCGCGGCCGCUGAGCAAGCUGCUGUCGCCGCUCAAGAGCGAGCCUCAGAGCCCGAUUUACGCGUCGCCGCCGCGCUCGCCGUCCUCGUCCGACAACGGCCUCAUACCCCUGUACUCGCCGACGUCCAAGAAGACGACGACGACGCGGGGCUGCUCGUCGUCGUCGUCGCCGCCACCCUCGGCCCAGACGGCGGCGAGCAUCAUACAGACGCAGCUGGGCGUGUCGCUGCUCCAGGGCGAUCGCAGCACGAGGUACAGACUGGCCACGGCGGCGGCCUACGAUAGGACCGGCGCCCUCUACGACGCCAUCUGCAUCAAGAAGAAUCAGGAGGCCAAUAACAAACCCUUCGAGCUGACCAACGAGAUGCUGGGCCUGACGACGACGACGACCACGACGACGAGCGGCGAUAAUAACAAGCAGAGCAACAACGAAACCUGCACCGAGAGAAAAUUGCCCGAGUCGCACUUCUCGCGCGACACCCACAUGCGCAUCAUACUCGGUAACAAGAGCUCUUCGGUGGCUGCGCGCAAGUCCACCGCGGACAACUCAUCCGGCGGAAAUUCCGCCGGGUCCGGAGCCAACAACAAGCCCAAGAGGAACGGCUUCGUCUCGGUCUCGAAUCCGGCGAUGCGCCUCGUCGCCGGCGUGCGCAACGGCAUCGAGAACGCGACCAAUCGCAACAAGCCCGUGACGACGCGCGUCAACGGAUUCCAAUGGAGGGCCGAGCCCAGAAGGGAGACACCCUUAUAGGAGCAGGAUUUAUUGUUGGCCAAGUGCACGCACGAGACGUCUAUAUACGGUGGCCAGGGCACGAGCAACAACAACAACAACAACAACAACAACAAUAAUAAUAACAACAACUCAUCCCACGACUGGCGUAGCUACUUGAGCAAGAAACGCAAGUCCAUCAGACGACUCUUCUCGUUUCCGUUUAUGAGCAGAAUCAAACAAGCGCCAAAGAUGCAUAAUGCAACGACUAGCAAGAGUAAACUCAGUAACAAUAAUUAUCACUGUGGUAGUUGUAAUCGUAGCGUUAGCGGUAAUAAUAAUAAUAAUUACAGUAGUGGCAAGCGCAGGAGGCGAAGCGACGCAAAAGUGAUGAAAGAUGAUAAAUAAAAUGUGAUUUUAAGUUCGUAGGGAGGUUGCACUCAUACCCCCGCACACGCACACGUGUGUGGUUUUGGACGUUUACAAUUAACCAAAUAAAAAACAAUAAUCAUCCCCCUCGAAAAACGAGAUACCAAAUCUUUUGAUCGAUUAAACGAUUUAAAUUAAUUUAAUAAUUAUGUAAUAAUUAUAUAAGAACCAUGAUUAUGAAUCUGAAGUGAAUUAGUAGAUAAUAAGUCGAACAGAAAAUUUUAAAAAUUUAAGAUAUUCAUCGUCGUGAUGAUAGUAUAUAUAUAUAUAUAAAGUUGAAAACGUAGAUCAUAAAUUUGGAAUGUAUAAUCUUCGACAUUAUGAUUACGUGUGUAUAAAAGUGUAAUGUUUAGAUGAACAAGAAAAAAAAACCUAUUUAACACAUUGAUCUCACAGAGGCUCACUGACCGUAAGGCAGAGCAUCUCGAUUGGACACUUUUUAUUUCAGAGAUUGCGUGUGAUUCAUGUUGACAUAUUUCAAAAAAAGUAAAGAUAAAAAAAUUAUUAUGUACCGAUCGUGUAUACCGUUGCUGAUGAUGCGAAGUUAAGACUGAGGCACGCCGAGUGUAUAAGUGCUAAUUUUUUGACAAAAAUAAAAACAUAAUGAAAAAGAAAGCAUAUAGGACUACUUGUGUUGACAAACAAAGUAUGAUUUAUCGAUACGAAUUUCAAAGAUUAAAGUGAAUGCAUAUAUUAGAUUUAAUUAUAAAAACAAAAAUGAGUAUUUAUAAGAUAGUUAAUUUUUAUUUUUAGACCAUUAAGACGAGUAGCGAUCAUCAUCACAAUUAAUGUAUCAUAAUCAUUAGUGACAAAUUUCGUUCUGUUAUUAAAAAUGCGAAAGACAGUAGAGGAUUCAAUAAAUUGAAAAACAAAACAAAACAUUGCAAAGAAAUUAAUUUAGUAUUCUUUCCACCCCACUAAUCGGAAUUCAUAGCUCACUUGCUCGAUUUUCCGCAAGGAAAAAAUGAUAUUUGAUGCGAGAACGAGAGAGUCAAAUGUCUCGCGUGUAACUUUUGGAUUUUCUGGAAUUUUUGUCGUACGGUCAUAAAAAUCGCUAUGAUAUACGACCACAGCUUCCUACCAUCGCUUUUAAU